AUCGAAAUGAAACCAAACCGAUUUAACCGAACCGUAUUGACUCAUGAGCAGACCAAUUGACCUUAGAGUCAAACAGAGCAAAGCAGAGCAGAGCACAGACAUACAAAUUUCCAUUUUUGUAGCUUCUUCGAGCUCACAGCCAUGGCGAGAAGCGAUGUUUUGAUUUUUGUUUCUACUCUUCUUCUGUUUCUGUCUCUGCUUACGGUAGCUGAUGCGGAAUUGGUGAAAUCUGACAAGUUUCCGGUAGUGGUGAGUACUUGGCCUUUCCUUGAAGCUGUUAGAGCUGCUUGGAGAGCAGUUGAUAAUGGGAGCUCUGCAGUGGAAGCUGUUGUUGAAGGUUGUUCUGCUUGUGAAGAACUUCGUUGUGACGGUACAGUUGGGCCUGGAGGAAGUCCGGAUGAGAAUGGUGAGACCAUGAUUGAUGCUUUAGUCAUGGAUGGGGUAACAAAUCAUCAGUACCCUCCGUUUUAUAAAGCCCCAUUUGCAUUAAGAUCUUGAAGAAUGACUCUUCAUUUGGGUUAUUCUAAGGACAUUCUUAGGUGACUAUGGAGGUUGGAGCUGUUGCUGCAAUGCGGUAUGUUAAAGACGGUAUAAGAGCUGCACAUCUAGUGAUGAAAUACUCUCAACACACGUUGCUUGCCGGAGAAGGAGCAUCAGCAUUUGCAAUCUCCAUGGGUCUCCCCGGACCCAUGAACCUAAGCUCCCCUGAAUCUGUAAAGAAGUGGUCGGACUGGAAAGAGAAUCAGUGUCAACCCAAUUUCAGGAAGAAUGUAGUCCCCGCAAAUGACUGUGGACCUUACAAGCCAAACAAUAGUGCUAUGAAUGUUUUUGUAGACAAAAGCACUGAAUCUUGCGAGAUGGGGGCGAUUGAGUAUAAACCUCCUCUUGUUGGUCCUCACAAUCACGAUACGAUAUCGAUGGCUGUCAUUGACAGAAUGGGGCAUAUAGCUGUUGGGACAUCGACCAAUGGAGCCACAUAUAAAAUUCCUGGAAGGGUUGGUGAUGGGCCUAUCGUCGGUUCAUCAGCCUACGCUGAUGAUGAAGUAGGUGGAUGUGGUGCAACUGGAGAUGGUGACACCAUGAUGCGCUUCCUCCCUUGUUACCAAGUUGUGGAGAGCAUGAGACAAGGAAUGAAACCAGAAGAAGCUGCUAAAGAUGCAAUCUCGAGAAUCGCAAGGAAGUUUCCAGAUUUCGUGGGAGCAGUUGUGGCUGUUGACAAGAACGGAUCUCACGCAGGAGCUUGCUAUGGCUGGACGUUUCAGUACUCAGUCCAAAACCCUGACAUGAACGAUGUUCAAGUCUUUACAGUUCUUCCAUGAAACAGGAUCAUAGGAUUGAAGGUGUCUAAAAGUGAUUGUAGUAACAACAAUGAAACGGCAAGAAGUUCAUGUCUGGAAAUACGGAAUGGCAAGCUCGUUUGGAGUAUUCUAAAAUAUUGUUUUGCUUUUAUAAAAAAAAAGGAUUUUCGGAUUUGUCUGAAUUGAUCAGACAAAGAGACUAGAUGAUUUUUUUUUUUUUCUGUAAACAUGAACAUAGUUGACUUUCUGUAAUUUUAGUGAUUGAGAAUAUAACAGUUUUUUUGUGAAAACACGAGCACAUAAAAU